AUGCCUAACGCCCGUGAGCCUCCUAAGAGGAAGACCCGUGAUGGGUCUGAAGAUGCUGCUCCUCGGAAGAAGCAGCAAAAGACUGAUGAGGUCCAGUUCGAGGACUACGGCGAUGGCGCGAAGCCCAAAGUGACCCGGAAAUUCAAGGACAAGUUCGCGCCGAAGCCGGAGAAGGAGUAUCCCUCGAUCAAUGACCUCAAGAAGCGAAUUCGGGAUGUGAAGCGACUACUCAACAAAGUGGAUUUGCCUGCCGAUGCUCGCAUCCUGCAAGAGCGCGCGCUCUCCGGAUACGAACAAGAUCUCGCGGAUGAAACCGCGCGCAGAGAACGAUCGCAGAUGAUCAAGAAAUAUCACUUUGUCCGCUUCCUUGACCGCAAAACCGCCACCAAAGAACUCAACCGUUACCUGCGCCGCGAAAAGGAACAAGAUUUGGAUACGAAACAAAAGUCUCGCCUUGCCGAAAAAAUCCACACUGCCCGUGUGAACCUCAACUACACGAUCUACUACCCUCUUACCGAAAAAUACCUAUCAAUCUACCCCAAGUCGGAUGCGAAAUCGGAUGCGCCAGAGUCGGAGACAGAAUCUAAAAAGCCGGAGACCGAUAUCAAGUCUACCAAGCCACCACUAUGGUCUGUUGUUGCCAAGUGUAUGGAAGAAAAGACACUGGACCUUCUGCGCGAAGGAAAGUUGAACAUCAACUUCAACGGAGAGAAGAUUGCGGCCGCGUCUGCUCCAGUGCCAGCUCUAGAUGCCAGCCAGGAGAAGAGCAAGAAGAAGGAUCAGCGGAAAGAAUCCAAGGGCGUCUCACAGAAGGAGAAGCACCUGCCCAAGGAUGAUAAGAAGAGCAAGAAGGAGAAGCCGAUGCGCAAUGAACGAUCUUCUAAGCGUGAUGCACCUCAAGAAGUUCCCGUGGAGGAGCAAGAUGAAAGUGACGGUGGUUUCUUCGAGUAA